UCCCCGUGCGCGGCAGCAUGGCCGGGGCUGGGGUGGCCGCGGUUCGAGCCGCGUUCCUCACCUCCAAAGAGCAGUUCCAUGCGUUCCUGCAGGCAGGGGGGCAGCCCGGCAGCCAGGUGAGCCCCGGGGCUGAGGAGGAUGUGGAGGAGAAGAAGGAAGAGAACGUGGAGGAGAAGAAGGAGGAGAACUGCCAGAGUGAGCCCCCCACCAAACGGGUGAGAUUGGAGGAGCUCAGCGAGGAUGGGGAAAGCCCAGGGGAUGCUGGAGCAGCGGAGAAGGAGCCCGUGGAGCGGAAGCGAGCCCGAGGACAGAACAAGAGCAGACCCUGUAUGAAACCAAACCACUACGAGCAGAGCAGGCUGUGCCCAUCAGUAACGCAGGGGUGUGCAGAGAAGUGCUGCUUCGGCGUGCGGUGCCGCUUCCUGCAUGACGUCGGCGAGUACAUGGCCACAAAGCCGGCCGACCUGGGGCGCAGCUGUGUGCUCUUCGAAACCUUUGGCAAGUGCGUUUACGGGGUCACUUGCCGCUUUGCCCAGGCCCACCUCGGGGAUGGCUACCAGAACAUCAUCAACGCAGAGCUGGCCAAGCAGUGGGAAGGGAAGUCACUGGUGAGGAACAACCUCUCCAAGGACCUCCAACACCAGCUGCGCAAGAGGAAAUUUAGCUUCAAAAAGGCUGAUGAGUACCUGCGUGGGCUGGCCAAGCCCCACGGCAAUGGUGGGAAGGGAGGCAAAACCACAGGGUGUUCUGCAGAGGAGCAAGGAGUGUCCGGCUGCACAGCACCCCUGGAGGGCCUAGGGGACAGUCUGGAAUGUCCUGUCCUUGCAGAGCAGGGAGAAGAUCCCAAACCAGAGGCCUUGCAGAGGUCCAGCCCUGCAGGUGGCGAGGAGGCUUCCUCCAUCAAAACCGUGGGCCCGGUGACAGAUGAAGACGUGGUAAAGCUGCGGUCGUGUGAGAAGAAGCAGUUGAAGAUCCAAGGCAAGCUCUACUUGGCUCCACUGACCACAUGCGGUAACCUCCCUUUCCGAAGGAUCUGCAAGCGUUUUGGGGCAGAUGUCACCUGUGGAGAGAUGGCUGUGUGCACAAACCUCCUUCAAGGUCAGUCUUCCGAGUGGGCUCUUCUCAAACGGCAUCACACGGAAGAUAUUUUUGGGGUGCAGCUGGAGGGAGCUUUUCCAGACACGAUGACCAAAUGUGCAGAGCUCCUGAACCAGACCAUUGAAGUGGACUUUGUAGACAUCAACGUUGGGUGUCCCAUUGACCUGGUCUACAAGAAGGGAGGAGGCUGCGCUCUGAUGACUCGGUCCAACAAGUUUGAACAAAUUGUUCGAGGGAUGAACUCGGUUCUAGAUGUCCCACUGACCGUGAAGAUACGGACAGGGGUGCAAGAAAAGAUUAACGUGGCUCAUAAACUCAUCCCCAGGCUCCGGGAGUGGGGAGCAUCCAUGGUCACGCUCCACGGCCGAUCCAGGGAACAGCGGUACACGAGGAGCGCGGACUGGGACUACAUAGCAGAAUGUGCUAAAAUAGCAACCCCCAUGCCUCUUUUUGGGAACGGGGAUAUUCUGUCUUACGAAGAUGCUCAUCGAGCCAUGCAGACGGGUGUUUCGGGAGUUAUGAUUGCAAGAGGGGCACUCAUCAAACCGUGGCUUUUCACUGAAAUUAAGGACCAGAGACACUGGGAUAUCUCCUCUAGUGAGAGAUUUGAUAUCCUCAAAGAUUUCUCCAACUAUGGCCUUGAGCACUGGGGGUCGGAUACUCAGGGAGUGGAAAAGACCAGGAAGUUCCUGCUGGAAUGGCUCUCAUUUCUGUGCAGGUAUAUUCCAGUGGGCUUAUUAGAACACCUACCUCAGAAAAUUAACGAGCGGCCGCCUUACUAUAUGGGGAGAGACUACAUGGAGACACUGAUGGCGAGCCAGAACGUGGAUGAUUGGAUUAAAAUAAGUGAGCUACUUCUGGGACCUGUACCGACCAGCUUCACCUUCCUGCCUAAACACAAGGCAAAUUCCUACAGAUAGGGCUGAGAGGAGGCUCUUUCCUGGAGCAUCAAGUUGCUCAGCUGUUCACCACGAUGAAAUAAAGUUUGAUGUUUUUAGAAGCUCAGUUAUCUUCACACCCCCAGCGUUGCUCCCCGCCACAAGUUCUGCAGCAGUCCUGCAGCCAGAGAGGCUCCCGAACAGCAAACGAGCUCUUUCCAUCACAGCACACAGGCCAGGAGACAUCCUCGGCCUCCAGUUCGAUGGCAGGAGUUAUCCCAACAGCCCCACGCUGGUCACACAGUGGGAGCGAGAGGCCUCUGCUCCUCCCAGCAGCUCCUGGGGAGAGCCACGUCCUCCAAGUACAAGGAGAGGAAGGACUAAUACCAUCCCUGGCUCCGGAGAGCACAAACAGCCCCAGCACCUCGGCACAAUCCAGUCCUUUUCUGGGAGCACACAGCCCGGCUACCACCUCCUCCUGGCUGG